AUGAAGUUUACAGCGGUAGCAUCAUGCUUGGCUGUAGCUUGUGCGGGAGUUGCCGCCCAAGACUACAAUAGCCCACCCCCAAAUCUCGCCACUCUUCCUCCGCUUUCUUUGUUUGAAACGUGGCGACCUCAUAUUCACGUUCUUCCUCCAAACGGCCAGAUCGGUGAUCCAUGUGCGCACUACAAUGAUCCUGCCACUGGGCUCUUCCACGUCGGAUUUCUCCAUAACGGUACCGGGAUUGCUUUUGUUUUGACAGACGACCUUGUUCAUUAUUAUGAUGUGAGACCGGGUGGGAACUUUUCAAUCGUGCCGGGAGGGCCCAACGACCCUGUAGCGGUUUUUGAUGGUUCUGUCAUCCCCAGUGGAGUUGAUGGAAAACCGACGCUUCUAUACACCGCUGUCUCCCACUUGCCGAUUCAUUGGACCCUUCCUUAUGUCCGAGGAAGCGAAGCUCAAGCUCUGGCGGUCACCUAUGAUGGGGGAAAGAACUUCACCAAGCUCCCAAUUCCUCCUGUUAUUCCCGAGCCUCCAGCUGGGCUGAACGUAACGGGCUUCCGCGACCCCUUUGUCUUCCAAAAUGCGCAACUCGAUGAAUCUCUAGGCAACGCCGAGGGCACUUGGUACACCAUAGUUUCCGGUGGUCUUCACGACGUCGGACCUGGUAUGUUCCUCUACCAGAACCUGAAUCCCGACUAUGAGCAGUGGCAAUACCUUGGAGAAUGGUUCCACGAGCCUGCUAAUUCAACGUGGGGUAAUGGGGAUUGGUCUAAGGUCUUCGGCUACAAUUGGGAGACCAGCAAUGCAUUCGGGCUUGAUAGAGAGGGAUACAGCUACACCGGCAGCCUUUUCAUGACAAUUGCCGUGGAAAGUUCAUAUGUCCCCAUACAGCCAUCCGUCUCCUCAUUGCAUGCCCAGCUUUGGGCAGCGGGAGGCCUUUCGACCGAACAGGGUGGAAAUGUGACAUUUAUCCCUAACAUGGUCGGUGUUUUUGAUUGGGGAUUGGCGUCCUAUGCGGCAGCCGGAAAAUUCCUGCCGAAAUCUUCUCAAGCAUCCAUUGGUAGCGGCGCUCCAGACCGUUACAUCAGCUAUGUCUGGUUGACUGGGGAUGUUUUCGGAGGAGUUGUAGGCUUUCCCGCCGCGCAGCAAGGAUGGCAAAACACGUUGCUGCUGCCGCGGGAGUUGUACAUCAAGACUAUACCUAAUGUGGUCAAUAAUGAUCUUGUGCAGGAGAUCGGCUCGUGGCGGGUAGCCGCUGAUGCAACCUCCACAGGCCGAUGUGUUGAGCUUGAGACCCUCGGAAUUGACAUUGCGCGAGAGACCUACAAUGCUAUGACUGCUGCUCCUAGCUUCACCGAGCCUGACCGGACGCUAACAAGUGGAGGUAUUAUACCGUUCCGUCGCUCUCCGGAAACUAGGUUUUUCGUUCUGAGUGCUGUGAUCACGCUCCCUGCGCGUGCGCCUACCUUGCAGACGGGCUUCCAGAUCUUGGCAUCCGAGCUUGAGUCGACCACAAUUUACUAUCAGUUUUCUAAUGAGUCAAUCAUGAUCAAUCGCUACAAUACAAGCGCCGCUGCAUUAACAACCACCGGCAUCGAUGAGUCACCAGAAUCUGGUCGUCUUCGUCUAUUUGAUGUGAUGGACAAUUGUGGUGCUCAUGGAGGCCAUGGGGGUCACAAAUGCGGCAGAGGCAAUAGUGACUCGCAGUUAGGGAAUGGUUUCAUUGACUGCAAGCCAGAUCAUAUGUCAAAACCUGACAGCAACAAAACUCAAUUGAGCGGAUCUGGUGAAGAGUACAUUGAACCAUUGAAUCUCACUAUUGUGGUCGACAACUCUGUUCUGGAGGUUUAUGCCAACUCUCGCUUCGUACUCUCUACUUGGGUUCGGCCUUGGUAUGAAAACUCAACUGAGAUUCGCUUCUUCCAGAACGGGGAAGGUCAAGCAUCCUUCAGUAAUAUUCGAAUUGCUGAUGGCUUGUAUGAUGCCUACCCGGACAGGUCCCAGUAG